AAGCCGCCGCCGCCUGAGAAGUGGAGCCACUGAGCGGGCCCCUCACCCCUCCUGUGCUUUGUCUGACUCGCCGGCGCCGCGCCCCAGCCCAGCUUGGAAAGAUGCUGUCCUGCCGUCUCCAGUGCGCCCUCGCCCUGCUCUCCCUCGCCUUGGCCGUGAGCAGCGUCUCCGGGGCGCCCUCAGACCCGAGGCUCCGGCAGUUCCUGCAGAAGUCACUGGCUGCGGCGGCGGGCAAACAGGAACUGGCCAAGUACUUUUUGGCAGAAUUGCUCGCAGAGCCCAGCCAGCCGGAAAAUGAAGCCCUAGAGCCGGAGGACCUGUCCCGAGGGCCAGAGCAGGAUGAGGUCCGAUUGGAGCUGGAGCGAUCGGCGAACCCCAACCCCGCCUUGGCGCCCCGAGAACGCAAAGCCGGCUGCAAGAAUUUCUUCUGGAAAACAUUCACGUCCUGUUAGCUUAAGCAGCCAGCCUGCCUCCCCGCGCCGCCCCCGUCCCCCAUCCCCUGAGCGAAGCCUUCUCCACCGGAGCCGAAGACUGUACAUAACCCAUCCACGGGGACGGGGACACGGAACCACACGCCGGUUGAGUUGAUUUCCAAUUGUUUUCAUACAGUUCUCCCCC